AAAUGAUGACAAUUUCUUUUGCAUUUCAGAAAUAAUUUUAACGAAAUUUUUAUCUGGGUUAAAUUUAAUAUAUUAGUAUAGAAAUGACAACACACUACUGCUUUCGCACUGGGGUCGGAGCUGAAACGAGCUCAAGAAAGAUUCAAACAUUUACUAUUAUCAUGCUGAUUGCUUUACUUUAUCCGGAUAUCCAUGUCGGUGUAAACGCUUAUUCGACUGUGGAACAAGUUGGCGGAUUCUCAGCCCCAGAAAUGAUGCGUAUCCUAUACAUCUCAGUAGAAGAAGCUUUUGACGCUUUUGUUAACAGAAAAAUGAAGUGUGGGGCGAACGACUGCACAGAAGAUCACACGACGUUGGAACUCACAGCAAUGCCGAAGUUCAAGUCACUUACAGAUGAGGACGACUCAAGCAUAUGUAAAAAAAUUCAAGAAAAUUACGAAUCUCUACAAACAUUCCAGUAUUUCAUUGCUCACUAUUUAAAAUGGAUCGAAAACACCGAAAUUGAUCGCGAAGUUAAAACUGUCGAUAAUGCUUUCGCUCGGUUUAAAAUUAAACAUUCUCAGUAUGUCAUGUCCACACUUUGUGAAACACCGACGGAAAUAACCAUCGAUCCAGUUGGGUAUCCGAUACAUCAUGCACCAAGUCCGAUAAUUGAGAAAGCCAGAAUAUACGAAUUUUUAUUGCAGUACAAAAAUUUUCUAAGUAGCUUCCAGCACGCAUACCUCAUCCCACAAAAAAGGACGGAAUAAUCACCGUAUCUGUUUCAACUUUGGUGGAAAAUUACCGAUGUCAAAACGAAAUGUAAAGUAUGUGAAGUGUUCAUCUGCAAUUGACGAAUCACCCCAGUCACAGACUGUCAGACUAUUAUUUAGAAUUAUGUGUAUUUACAAUAUCCUGCAAUUAAGUAUUAUAUAUAUUCAAUAAAGUAUUCGCAAACUUUUAAGCUGUAUCCGUAUACAAAUAUUAGAUGACAGAUUAUUUAUUUUUGGUCGUGCAAUAUAUUAAAACUAAAUACUGUUGAUGAAAUAAAUAAAAAUGAAGCAUUGUAUACAGCAUGUAUAGAUAUAUAUUAUGUUCAUAUUCCAUUUCAAUACAAGCUGGUAUUCAAAUAUUUGUUUUGUUAUUCUGUUUAUAACUGUGGUGAUAAUUUAUUAUAUUUAUUAUUAUUAUUAUCGCAAAUAAAACAAAAUGCUUGA